AUGGAUCGGUUUAGUUUACGUCUCGUGGGUAAUUUGCGAUCUGGCCUUUGUGCUUUGUUGGCUGGGAGACCGACUGAUGGUUAUGACUUGGUAAACACGGACGCAUGUCGUGCUCUGGUUGCCCUGCUUGAUCGGGAUGGCUCCGGACGAUUGACGGAGUCCGACUUUCGACGCGUGUGGGAAAUACUACGCGCAUGGUCUCGCCUGUUCGCCGCUUUUGAUCCCCAACGUUCCGGACACGUGACCAGUCUGGAUUUUCGCAUUAUAGUCGAACAAGCAGGUACAUCUAAUUCUUUGUGUGUUUAA